GGUGCCAUAAUCUAUCAGGCACCACCCAAGAUCGAUCAUGAAGCCAUACAUGCCCACGGUACUGAGACCCCCUAGGGUGGUGGCCAUCCUGGCCGUGGUCCUGGCGGCGGCGCUCGCCACAGCCGUGAACGCUCAGCAGUGCGGCUCCCAGGCUGGUGGCGCGACGUGCGCAAACUGUCUCUGCUGCAGCAAAUUCGGGUACUGCGGCAGCGGCGACGCCUACUGCGGUGCCGGCUGUCAGAGCCAGUGCAGCGGCUGCGGCCCCACCCCUCCCGGCCCCAGCCCCGGCGGGGGCGUGUCGUCCAUCAUCUCCAGGGACCUCUUCGAGCGGCUCCUUCUUCACCGCAAUGACUGCCAAGAGGCCCGCGGGUUCUACACGUACGACGCCUUCCUCGCCGCCGCCGCCGCGUUCCCGUCAUUCGGCACCACGGGGAGCACGGAGACGCGGAAGCGGGAGGUGGCGGCCUUCCUGGGGCAAACUUCCCACGAGACCACUGGCGGGUGGCCCGCGGCGCCCGACGGACCGUACGCCUGGGGCUACUGCUUCAAGCAGGAGCAGGGCUCGCCGGGAAGCUACUGCGAGCCAAAGCCGGAGUGGCCGUGCGCGUCGGGCAAGAAAUACUACGGUCGCGGCCCCAUCCAGCUCUCAUGGAACUACAACUAUGGCCCCGCGGGGCGUGCCAUCGGGGUGGACCUGCUCAACAACCCGGACCUGGUCGCCGCGGACGCGACGGUGUCGUUUAAGACGGCGUUAUGGUUUUGGAUGACGGCUCAGGCGAACAAGCCGUCGUCCCAUGCCGUGAUCACAGGCCAAUGGACCCCGUCGGGCACGGACAACGCUGCUGGUCGGGUGCCUGGGUACGGUGUCAUCACCAACAUAAUCAACGGCGGGCUCGAGUGCGGUAGGGGGCAGGAUGACCGUGUUGCUAACCGGAUCGGGUUCUACAAGCGCUACUGCGAUGUCCUCGGCGUUGGCUAUGGUAACAACCUCGACUGCUACAACCAGAGGCCGUUUAACAGUGGGCUCUCGAUGGGGCUUGCCACUGAGUGACAACAUACUAAGACUGUGAGCGAGUCCUCCAUGCAUGGAUGUAUGAAUGUGAUCACCCAUAAAUAAGCUUGUGAGAAGUACUGUUUGGGUAAAUUUCCCAUUGUUGUGUGAGUAUCUCUCGACUCGGUGUAGAGGUUGAGAAUGUUGCAUCUUUAUUAAAAGGACUUUGCUACACCUACGUAA